AUGGUCGGCCUACUUACACCCCAGCGUAUGGGUCAUCGACAUACAAAAUCAGACUCGGCCUUCGUCGUUCACCUCACCACGCGUGCCGCCCUGGACAAUGAGCGUGACCUCGUUGCCAACAUGGGAAAACUCACCUUAGACGUCGAGGGCCUCAAGCAAGAAGCUUCAGUGAAGAACAAUAAGAUUGAGUCCCAGAAGACCCUGAUCGAGAGGCUGGAGGUCAAGAACGAGAACCUCAGAACCAGCCACUACAACAACAAGCAGUUCUUCAAGAACGAAGUCACCGAGCGCGAUGCCAAGAUAUUCAAGCUCAUGACUGAGCUCAAUGAGACGAAGACAUCCCUUCACCUUGCCGAGAAGCGAGCGGCCCAAGUCGCAAACAUGGGACGCCUCAAAGAGCGCAACCAGGAGCUUGAGCGGAAGCUCGCAAUGCUAGCCACCAAGAGCAAUGGAACGGGAGACACGGAAGCCAAAGCCGGUGGCACGCACGAAUCGCCGAAGCGUUCUAACCUCACCGAGCCACCGCGUGGAGUCUUCAUCUCAAAGGAGAUCCAGCAGGAUGCCGUGAAGUGCCACAAGAGACGUCGCACUAACAGCUUUGGAGAACGAAAGGACUACAACGGCACGAAGAAACUGUCCUCCAGCCCUUGA